AUGGGACAAGGCUACUCCCUCACAACCCUGUCCGCGGGGUCGGCGGGGAUCGAUGUACCUGAACUAUCGGACCUGGUGUAUGAGAAGUCCAUGGGCGGAGGGAGGUUCAUGAAAAGCAUUCGUGCCAGGCAGCAGAAUGGCCUGGCUUUUGUCAAGGUCAUUAUGAAACCGUUCCCGACCAUGGAGCUCGAGCCAUAUGUCAGAGCCAUCGCCCGCGAACGCAAGCUUUUGUCGGAUGUGCCUAAUGCGUUGAGCUAUAAUCGCAUCUUGGAGACCGGAACCAGCGGGUAUCUUGUGCGCCAGUACAUCCACAGCUCUCUGUACGACCGAAUGAGCACACGUCCAUUUUUGGAAGACAUUGAAAAGAAAUGGAUCGCUUUCCAGCUCUUGUGUGCACUGCGAGACUGUCAUUCGCUGGACAUUUUCCACGGCGAUAUCAAAACUGAAAACGUUUUGGUGACCUCCUGGAAUUGGCUGUAUCUUUCAGACUUUUCCUCCUCCUUCAAGCCGACUUUUCUGCCAGAAGAUAAUCCGGCUGAUUUCUCCUUCUUUUUCGAUAUCUCAGGGAGACGAACCUGCUACUUAGCGCCCGAGCGGUUCUCAGUGGCUGGCGAAGAACCGACCAGCCAUGAGGUCAAUUGGGCAAUGGACAUAUUCAGCGCCGGCUGUGUCAUUGCUGAAUUAUUUCUGGAAUCGCCCAUCUUCACGCUGAGUCAAAUGUAUAAAUAUCGCAAAGGUGAAUACAGCCCGGAGCACAGUCAGCUAGCGAAGAUCGAAGACCCGGAGAUUAGGUCGCUCAUUCUACACAUGAUACAACUGGAACCCGAAUCUCGAUAUUCUGCCGAUGAAUAUCUCAGCUUCUGGAAAAAUAAGGCGUUUCCGGAAUAUUUCUACAGCUUUCUUCACCAGUACAUGUCUCUCAUGACCGAUCCAUCCUCUGGAAGAACAAAUGUGGAUGCGGAAUCGGCCAACCGCGGGGAGUCGGAUGAAAGGAUAGAGCGGGUUUCUCUUGACUUUGACAAGAUAUCCUAUUUCCUCGGUCCCAUCUCCCGUGACACUCGCAAGAUGACCAGUCCGGCCGUCUCGACCUUGACUGGAAACACAUUGCCCGUAAAGCUGGACCUACCAAACGAUGGGCAGCAACAAUCAUGGUCUCCAUCGACUGAUGAGGGAGUUCUCAUUUUCUUAACACUUGUGGUCACCAACCUGCGCAACACUGCCAAGGCCUCGGCUCGAAUCAAAGCAUGCGACAUUCUUUUGGCCUUUGCAGAGAGGCUUUCUGAUGAAGCUAAACUUGAUCGCGUUCUGCCGUAUAUCAUGAUCCUCUUGACUGAUCGCACAGAUGCCGUCAAAGUUGCUGCAAUUCGCACUUUGACCCGGUUGCUGGAGAUGGUCCAGGUAGUCUCCCCAGUCAACGCCUACUUGUUCUCUGAAUACAUUUUUCCAAGGCUCCAGCCUUUCGUCGGCACUUCCAAAAACAACCCCAGCGCCAUGGUCCGUGCUGCGUAUGCUUCAUGCAUCGCGUCUUUGGCUCAAUCCUCUUUGAGAUUCUUGGACAUGAUCCAAGCAUUGCGUUCAGAUACCCGUUUAGCAGCACUCAUUCCAGUCGGGUUUGAGCCCCGUUGGACGGAAGAUGCCACAUAUCAUAAUUUGUAUGAUGUGGCGAGAAUCGACCUGUUGGAAUACUUUGAGUUGCACACAAAAGCUCUCUUAACUGAUACGGACGCGUCCGUCCGUCGCGCUUUCCUGGGAUCUGUGUCUAGUCUCUGUGUGUUCUUCGGGAAUUUGAAAGCAAACGAGGUCAUUCUCAGUCAUUUGAACACGUACCUGAACGAUCGAGAUUGGAUUCUGAAAUGCGCCUUCUUUGAGGCCGUGGUUGGUGUCGCGGCCUAUGUGGGGAGCACCAGCCUAGAGCAAUACAUUCUGCCAUUGAUGGUUCAAUCGAUGACGGAGCCCGAGGAAUUUGUCGUGGAAAGGGUGAUGCGCUCACUCGCGGCCAUGGCGGAUCUGGGGUUGUUUCAGCGGUCCACGACAUGGGAUCUUCUUCACAUUAUCAUUGGAUUCUUGGUCCAUCCAAACAUUUGGAUUCGAGAGGCAGCAGUGAAUUUUGUGGUCAAGUCCACCAAAUUUCUCUCAGUGGCGGACAUUUACUCUAUCCUGACGCCACUUAUCCGACCUUUUCUGAAAGUCAAGAUAGUUGGAUUUUCUGAAACGGAGAUUCUCGAUGCGCUUAAACGACCCAUGUCCAGAAAUGUCUAUGAAAUAGCUUUUCUUUGGGCUUCGAAGGUUGACAAGGGUGUGUUCUGGAAAUCCACGAGUCGUGAUGGCAUGUUCAGCCUGGCCGAACCCGGAUCUUACAACUCUCGCGUGGGGCAAAGAAACUCUUCGUUCAGCUUGAAUGCACAGUCGAGAAACGAAGAGGAUGAACAAUGGCUGACUCGAUUGAGAAAUCUGGGGAUGGGCUCCGAAGAUGAGUUCAAACUCAUUGCACUCAAGGACUAUAUCUGGAGAGUGUCAACCCGGCAGUCGAGGGAUCUUGACGCCGAGUCGCUUCCGUCAUUUAACGAGAUCAUUAGUUUGACACAGCAUGGAGUCACGCCUCAGACAGUUUUCUUUGACAAGAACCCUCAGGAGCAACCGCAGAGGGCUCUCUUGGAUAAGACUGAGAGUCAUGCACCCGAUGACUCGAAACCAAAAACCAUCGCCGAUGCGCUUCUUGACGCCUCCACCACAAUUGAGCGAGCGCCUAGUACUCAUCGCGGACAUUCAAGGUCGAGGAGCCAAGCCCAAAGAGACACGGGCUCGGUUUCUGGGGGCCCUCGUCUGAAUGCUCGUGAUAAUAUUGGAAAUGAUUCUUCCCCUUCAUCUUCCCCUUUGGCAUCAUCGCCCGCUCCAGGCACAGAUUCCCGUCCGUUAUCACCUCCAGGCUCGGACGCUGAUGGAAAGAUGUCGAGCCGCCAUUCGAGAUCAUCAACACCGAUCAAUGCAGAGAAUCCUGCAUUGAGGAGUUUGUCUGACAGAGUUCAAAGAAAGCCCAGCGCGAUAAAUCUGCUGAAUCGCAAGGAGACCGCCAAGGCAUACGCAGAAACAAGCACAAGCUCGGCAAAUGCAUUUGGAAAGGUUGACGCUCCCGUUCAAAGAGGCGCCUCGCCCCAACCAUCAUUCCUCUCGCAUACAUCUGAGCGCAAGCCAGCUCAACCGGCAUCGCAAAAAUACAGAGCCAACCAUUCGUACGGGGGCGAUGACCCGGUGGUUCUGCGACUGCUGGACAACGUGUUUGCGGAGAAUUACCCAACAGAUUUAUUUGACCUGGGGCCAUUUGUCAAAGAGCUGGACUCGCGACAGCCAAUCCGUCGAGCGAAUCCCCAAGAUUCCAACAAAAUCUGGAAGCCCGAAGGGAAUCUAGUGGCAACCUUUGGUGAACACAGCGGGCCAGUGAAUCGCAUCGCGAUUGCACCAGACCACGCAUUCUUUGUCACGGCCUCCGAUGAUAGCACGGUUAAGAUCUGGGAUACGGCUCGCCUUGAACGCAACCUGACACCUCGGUCCCGCCAGACCCAUCGUCAAGCGUUUGGUGCCCGCGUGAAAGCGCUGACGUUUGUUGAAAAUACCUACACGUUCAUCAGCGGUGCUACCGAUGGUAGUAUCCACGCAGUUCGAGUCGACUACCAGAACGUGAAUGGCUACGUGCGUUAUGGCAAACUUCAGCUCGUGCGUGAAUAUCAACUACCGAUCGCCGAGGAUGGGUCAGCGGAACAUGCGAUUUGGAUGGAACAUUUCCGUGAUGAAGGGCAGUCGACGUUACUGAUUGCGACCAACACCUGCCGUAUUCUUGCACUGGAUAUGAAGACCAUGCUCCCGAUCUAUUCGCUCGACAACCCCGUCCAUCAUGGUACUCCCACUACGUUCUGCUGUGAUCGCAGGCACAACUGGCUGCUGGUCGGCACGACUCACGGCAUUCUCGAUCUGUGGGACCUUCGAUUUCGAAUCCGGUUGAAGGCCUGGGGUCUUCCGGGCUGGGGCGCUAUUCACCGUAUCCAGGUACACCCAACCAAGGCCCGGGGCCGUUGGGUUUGUGUGUCCUGCAGUGGCAGUCAUGGCAAUGAGAUUACUGUGUGGGAUAUCGAGAAGUUCCGCUGCCGUGAAGUCUACCGAGCAACACCUCCGGGAGUUGGUACCAACCCUCCAAAUGGAGGUCAACCCUCUUCCCGAGCCCCGAAUUCGUAUCCAAGCCACCCCAGUUUGCGGGACUACGAAGCAUGGCACGUUGACGGGGACCGACCAGAAGGGAUGUUGAGCCGCUUUGCCACAGGGAGUCCGGCAUCCGGGGGCAUGGAAGCCGGGGCCACCGGCUCGCCCUCGAAUAACCCUGCCGGGGAUCGGCUUGGCAUCUGGGCGUUCGCGGUCGGAUUGAAUCCCCCGAACGAUGACAAGGACACCAGCACCAAGUGUGGGUUCAUCAUGUCGGCGGGAUGCGACCGAAAGAUUCGAUUUUGGGAUCUGGCACGCCCAGAGCUGUCGUCAAUUGUCAGUGGUUUAGAUGCCGUGUCUGAUGGAAGUGCCACCAGCAAGCCCCGCUACGAUCUCUCCCAGCCCGGUCCCAAUCUCUUGGUGACCACCGAACACCUCCCGAGUGCAUCCGGUGCAAGCAGCGCCGGGGGCCCCAGCUCCCGAAGGGGUGCGAGCCCCCGGCCCCCGCGCAGCACGGUGAUUAGUCUCCAGCAGCAGAUGCUGCUCAAGAGCCACCUGGAUAUUAUUCAAGACGUGGCUGUGUUGCGCGUCCCGUAUGGAAUGGUUGUCAGCGUGGAUCGGGCGGGGAUGGUGUAUGUUUUUCAGUAG